AGAGCUUGUUGAAAACACCAACCCACAAGAUCCUGUCUAAUGUGGAAAGUUGAGAUCACAUGCAGAGCUUUGGGCAAAAAAGAGAACUUCCACUAGAACAUUUCUUAGCGUCCUGGAAAGAGCAAAGGAAGAGUAGAACUGCAGAAGUGAAGUUACACUUCAUCUUUACGCUCUGCCUAAUAUCAGCUCCCUGCAUUAUGGCAUCAGCAACAACGAGUGAAAGCCUCAAGCAUUCAAUGCAUUUUACCACCACCACAAUGAUAUCAACAACAUUUACUGAAACCCCUGAAACAGACAGUAACACAGUCAUUAUCAUCAUCAUUGUGGGUAUCUGUGCUGCUUGUCUGCUGAUUGGAGGAUGUCUUCUAAUAAUCUAUAAACUAAAACAUAAGAGAAAACUAGGUUCACAACCUUUAUCCCAAGACAAUGCACACACGCCUUCUGUUUAUGAGAAUGACCAGUUUAAAUGUUCGUCCUAUGAAAACAUGGGCAUCAAAAUAAGAUCAAACUAUCAGAACCAGAAUCCAUCUACAAGUCAGUCAAAGUCAACGUACCAAACGCUGGAUCCCGAAACCAACCAAGCUGAUUCAGGCUAUGGGUCUCUGACUAACACCACCAACCAAUUACGUUCAUACUACCAACGUCUGAAUCCUGCAGCUCAGACUAACUCGAUUUACCAUACUCUUCAUUCUUGAAGGUUGCAUUUUUCUUUAUUCUUUUAUUUUUACUAUGUUGUCAUCAAAAGCUAAUUACUUCAGGAUGAUAACAGUAACUUUCCACAAUUGAUUAUUUUCAUUCAAUAUAUAGAUAUACUUUGUUGUGUUUAAUUCUGUACUAAUUACAUUGCACAUUCUUUUUCCUGUUUCUUUGGGGAUGAUCAUGUAAACCUAAACAUGUUACAUGACAUAAAAUGUAAAAAGAAUUGCAAUACAUGUUACCUAUAUGGGAAUGAAAUGUUGAUGACAUAGUGAGAUGGUACAAAGCAGUGAUUUUCAUGACCUCCCAGUAUGCGUCCCUUUUUUUGGUUCUAUUGAGCUUAUGUUUUAGAAUGUUAAAAGAAUCAUGUGCACUUGCACUUUGCCCAUAUAAUAACACCUUAGUGAAAUGUAUGUCACCAACUGUAUGUAAUAUACAAAUACAAGUAAAGCACAUCAUAUGUUUAACAAGUGUAACUUUACUACUAUUACUGUGAUUAUAGUAAUUACGUAGUUGUAGAGGGAAAACUUUCCUCUUUUCAUGUG